GUUGACGAGACAGCACUGUUGACAUUGACACUGCCUAUCAAUGUACGUUACGAUUCAACAUAAACUAAAAUGGCUGGAGGGGCAAACAGACUGAGCAGCGCAUCUGCAAGAGGAGACUUAGCAGAAGUCGAGAUGUUAUUACAGAACGGAGCAGAUGUUAAUGAAAACAAUGUAUUCGGCAGGACACCGUUACAGGUGAUGAAACUUGGCAACCCCGCCAUCGCCGAAGCGCUGCUGAGGGCGAACGCAAAUCCAAACGUGCGCGACCAUGUCAGAGGUCUCACCAUCACUCAUGACGCUGCAAGGGAUGGAUAUGCAGACACUCUACACGUACUGAUGGAUCAUGGCGCAGACGUCAAUCUCCUGGACAAUGAUGGCAAUCUUCCAUUGCAUCUAGCCGCAAGAGAAGGCUAUCUUGAUGUGGUCCAGCUCCUUGUUGGUUGUACGAUGGAAGCCACAAGGUGCAACUCCAAAGGCCACACACCUUAUGAUCUGGCGACUAUGAACCAUAGAGUAUCCAUUGCGCAAUACAUUCAGGGGCACACUAAUUAAUGAAUAUAUAUCGGACAAUCCUGGCUGGGAUAGCGAGGUGGUAGGCCUGCAUAAGAACGAGGAAGAAAGUAGCUAAAACAUGUAGGUCCAUCUACCUCUCUGGUUACAAUGUAUUUGGAUGUUUUUCAGACAUGAUAGCCUCAAUUCUCAAUCAUAAAGGAUGACCCUAGCAUGAAGAUUUCCUCCAAACUUAAUAAGAAAACAUAGCCUAAUUCCAUAGUUUUUGACCCCAAUUUUCUCAAUCGCAGAACAAAUGUGACGAGAUUUUUUUGCCACUGGAAUGAUCAUUUGAAUCUAUUUAAUAUAUUAAAGCAUUUUUAGGCCGACAACAUUUCCCUAACAACAUCUCCAGCUGCUUUGUUUUUCUUUUUUUUCUCAUGUUUUUCCGAUAUUUCCUAGUGUUACACGUAAUGUGGGGAUUUGUCUUUCAAAUUCAAUUCACUACCAACAACUUAGCUAUUUGAGAUGUGGGUUUGAUACUUCAACGACUAUUUAAAAUUAAAUGAGGAACAAUAUUUUAUUGUUUAACUUCAAUACCAUAGGCUGUAGGUAUUAGAAUAUAUGACCCUCUUCAUCCAAGGUAGCCUACUCUUGUGCGCAUAGCAAAUGUCUUAUUUUGUCCCGAUAGCCCAUUUUGUUAAACCCAUGCUAUUUUGAGUAAUAACCCAGUGACCAAGGCCAACCUUCAUUCUUCUUGUCCAGACCAUUGGUCAUAAAUUAUCAAUCUAAUGGUAGCCUCCUGACUGUAUCGGCAAUUAUUUUCGAUUUUACGUGCACUUGUAAAUAAUCAAACAAAUAGAUUUUUGUAAGGAACUGUGAAAGCACGCGUUUACUAAUAUUCACGUUUUAUUUUUUUUUACCAAAGACAACAACUGUCUGCAGGUCUUACCUGAUUUUCUGUUUGGCUUUUAGAUAGUAAUUUGGUUGAAAUAUAAUGUAUGUAGGGCUAUACUACCAGUAUGCCUCGUUUUACUGUAUUAUCUUCUAUUUGAAUAUUGCUAAUCGAUGUUUUUCACUGUUGUUUGAUUUGUGAGACGAAUAAAUUCAUUUGUCC